AUGAGCGCCAAACCGGCGCAGGCCAAGGCGAGCGCUGCGAUUCUGCGGCGGGAGGCGCUCGCGCUGUCGGAGGCAGUGGUGACGGCGCGGCAGCAGGCAGCACACGCGCUGCGCCAGCCCGACCCAGCGUACAGGGGCUUAGCCGUCAAGUGGCGCGCGGUUCUCGUCGCUGUUGGCGAGAGAUUGCAGCGUGGGCUCGCCAAGUACCACGUCACCGCUGCUGUUCUGGAGUGGCGCGUGCGCACCAUCGCGCUCCUCACGAGAAAGGCGCAAGGGGCGCAGGCGCAAGGGUUGCACGACAGCAUCUGCUCCUGCCGUUGCGCGGCGCGCCUUUUUGACGACGCGGAGCGGGCCGGCAACGCGGCUGGGUCGGUGGUCGAGGCGGUGUGCAACGCCUCGUACGCGCUGAUCGAGCCCUGCUACGAGCUGUACGCGGCGGUGCAGUUUGCGAUGAAAACCUUCUCCAACUACAAGGCGUACGAGCCGGACCCGGAAGCGCCGGAAGGUUGGCUCAUCCCGCAGAACGUGCCCGCGGACGGUCCCAAUCCGAAGCUGUACUGGCAUGAUGUACCCGCAGACGUUGCACACGAGCGCAUCGUUGAUGACCCGUCGGUAUGGCUUCUCUUCGACUCCAGCGGCAAGCUCGACACCGCGGCGCGCUUCUACGCCACUCUCGUCUCGUUGCCGGAGCACCCCUCGCCGCUCGAUGUGCUGCGCGCUUUCGGCGGGCGGCUUCGACAGGCGCGGCGGGCCCUCGGUGUCGAGCCGUCGCACCUGCUGCAGCAGGAGCCGAUCGCCUCCAGGAUUGAUGCGGAGGUGUACGCGUGCAUCGAGGAGGCCGACUUUCUGCUGCCCGGCGGCCGUGGCUGCCUCUCUGCCCUCGCCAACGGCUUGCGGCCUUGCUAUCGCCUCCUGCAAGAAGCAAUCCACCGCCUUCUAAAAGCCAAGGCGUUUGACGAGAAUGGCGAAGCGGUGUAUCAUCUCGCGGGCGCCGACGACCAGCUCGUGUCGGAGCGGGACCCUCGCAACUACCGUCUCAUUGAGAGGACUCCCGAGCGUGCCUCUGAUUGCGACCACCUCCUCUUGCACGGCGACUCGCUGCUCAACCACGCAGCGGAUGCGGCGUCGGCUGCGCUGCGGCCGGUGCUCGUGGAGGCGAAGGAGGCGCAGGCGCUUCAGUACGCCCUAGAGAGCGCCGAGGCCGACGUGAGCAGGCUGUGUCCAGAGGCGUCUUUCGCAUCGGCGCCGACAGUCGCCGACACGGGCAGCGGCGCCGCCGCGGGAGAGGCGGAGCGCGCGAUCGCCGAGGCGGCUCGUGCGGUCGCUGCCUCGUUCCUUCAAGCCCGCGGCGGCAGCUUGUUACUGAGCUGCCUCUGCACAGAGCUGGAUCGGAUGAUCCCGGCUUGGCGGAACGCUGGGUCGCAGGGGGGUGCAAAGGCCAAGGACCGGAUCGAGGCUUGUUCCCGUGGCCUCUUUGAGGUUGUGACUGUGGGCAGCACGUGCACGGUACGCAUGGUUGCGAAACCCUCCGCCGCGGCCGCUCCGGGCUCCUCUGAGUCGCACAAGCGCCAGAAGAGGCUCGACGGUUCAGCCGUGAGCACUUCAUUCAUCAGCCCAGGGCAGAUGGCGGCCGCAGCGGCAUGGGACCCGAUGAGGACCAUGUCACUUCAUCCAAUCCACCAGGCGGAGUUGGCAGGCGUGGCGCAGCUCCGCACGGCGUACAACCGCUAUGGCGUAGUGCGGCAGCUGGAGUUUGUGACGCCACACCGGGGCGGACGGCUAGCGCUCAUCGAAUUCACAACCGUAGAGGCGGUCUCCGCGGUGCCGUGUGUUCUGACCGUGGGCGAGGCGCGGCUACAGGCAUCGCCUCUCCCGCCGGGCGCGAUGGAGCUCAGUGCCCUUGGGCCGCUGCUGAGCUCGGCCGUGCGGGAGCAGGUCUCUCUCGCAGGUGGGCUGAAGAACAUGCUGAGGGAGUGGGUGCGGGAGGGGAGCAGGAUCUUUCAGCUAGUCAAGACGGUUGAAGACGCCAAUGGGCGUCUUCUGGCCAGGGCGAUCGAUGGCGUCCGCUUGAGACGUAGAAAGUAG